UUCCUCUUCUGAUAGUAAACAAUGUUGUUUAGUUUUUCCUGGCGAUCUUAACAAAAUGUCAAAGUUUGGUUUCUGUGACUUAUACACCUGUUAAGAUUGAAAUAAGGGAUGAAGGAGAGAUAAAGGACGGAUCUGGAGAAAAAUUGAAAAAAGGAAAAAUUAAGAAAAAAUCCAAGUCGAACAAAUCUUCGAUGGAACAAAGAUUACCGAGUUAUCCUCCAUCUGAAUAUGCUCCAGAAGUAUCAGAUCUAACAGUUCAUCCGGAGGAGAGAAAACUCACCUUCUGUGCUCAACAAGGAACACUUCCAGAUAUCAGUUUAAUCCACGGUCGUUUGCUUGUGAGUGCCUGGGAGGACGGUAUUGAAGGAUGUGAAGACGACGCUGUUACUCUCACCAUGGUCGCGGUCCAGCACUUUCUCAAGAAUAUCAUCACGUCGGUUCUAGUCUCUAGAAACCCCUGGAGGAGUAGGGAGGGAGCUAAACAUAGUAUAGGAUGUCCUAUACCUGAUCCCUGGUUACAGAACACCCAGCUAAACCGGAAUUAUCUGGUAAACUCGAGCGCUGCCACUGAAUCUACUCUACUAAAUGAAGCGGGAUUGGCUCCUAUCUCAAGACCUGACAUUGACAAAUCUGAAGCGGAAGCGGCUUAUCAAGCUGGUCUCGGGAUCAACAAGAUGCCUGGGCUUAGAGAACCCAUUUCUUUAUUCGAUCUAUUAAAGGUUUUAAAAUCUGAUAGUAGCGUGAUACCGAACCAUUCUGUUUACAGUCUUAAUAUGGAGAGAAUAAUUAUGCGGCUUCAUCAUGAUUAAGCAAUAAAUGGGACUAGUCGUAAUUUCGUGUCAAUUUCUAUUCACAACGGUACCAUUCACAGUGUUGUUUGAUCAUGAAUGAAUGAGAUAUCCCUGUUUAUAUCUUUAAAAAUUAGUUAUUUUAAUUGUAACUUUCAAGUUAGGUUAACGACGAUAUUUGAAAGAAAUGAAUUUAUAAGGUACUUGUGUAGAUAGGACAUGUCCCUCUUUUUAAAAGAAGGGGUACUUGAAAAAUUACGAUGACAGUCCUUUAAAUUUUUUAAAUUGAUCGUAGGCGUAAUUUUAAGUGACCCUCCUUUUCUACAGUGGCAUAUCCGAUUAACAACGGUACCUAGUCAUUUUUAAAAGAAGAUCGAUAUUGUCAUGUUUCUUUUUUCCGCUUUUAUUCUGUACGCCUGGAAACCCAAAACUUUAAUGGUCUUUUUCUAGUAUUUAAUGAUAUAAUUCUCAAUAGUUUACAUUACAUACUGUUAAAAAAAACGUGAGUGUUGGAACCAUAAUUUAUCGAUUCAAUUGGUCAAAUAUGAAAAAUUGCUUAGAGCUUUCAGUCUUUGUGAAAGUUGUUCAAAAGAUUGAGGUACUUCGAGGUUGGAUCACGCAGUACUUCGAGGUUGGAUCGCGCAUUACUUCGAGGUUGGAUCACGCAGUACCUCGAGGUUGAAUCGCGCAGAACUUCGAGGUUGGAUCGCGCAGUACUUCGAGGUAGGAUCUCGCAGUACUUCGUAUUUUCAACAUCUACCGUUUUUUUAAGGAGAGUAAAAAUGAGAACUAGAUCUAUUUACAUUUAUUUUGUUCCACAUUAAAAUAAAAUUGAUGUAACCUUGUAAAAACUCUGUAAUACUUAUUUGUAUUGUCAACCUAUCAUGUUAAAAUAAAUUGUAACAUUA